ACGUAAGAAAGAAGAAAAAGGAGAAGACAGUACGGUCAAAGCCCUAGAAAUCAGACUUCAGCCAAGCGAAAUAAAAUCUUUUUUCCCCAAUUUCUCUCGCUAUCUUACUUUAAAACUCUCAUCUUCUUCUCUCUGAAAAUCAAUCUCGUUUGCCAGGUUUUAGUUUUGCUGAUAAAAAUGGCGGGUCAGAGGAAUAGCUAUGGAAAGCGGGCUCAUUCUCAGUCUGAUUAUUCUGAGAAUGGAUCAAAUAAGAGGAGAAAUCCAGGUGAUGACAGGGAACAAUUUGUUAUUGACUCAGAAGAUACCGUAUAUCGGUACUUGUGCCCUGUAAGAAAAAUAGGAAGCAUUAUUGGAAGGGGAGGGGAAAUUGUUAAGCAAUUAAGAGCAGAAACUAAGUCAAAGAUUAGGAUUGGUGAGACAGUUCCUGGGUCUGAGGAGCGUGUGGUUACUAUCUACAGCUCUAGGGACGAGACAAAUGCCCUCGAAGAUGGCGACAAUCUUGUUUCUCCUGCUCAAGAUGCUCUAUUCAGGGUGCAUGACAAAGUUGUAGCAGAAGAUUUGCACGGUGAUGAAGAUUCUGAAGGUCACCAAGUUACUGCUCGUCUUCUUGUACCUUCUGAUCAGAUUGGAUGUGUUAUAGGAAAGGGUGGACAGAUAGUUCAGAACAUACGUAGUGAAACUGGUGCUCAGAUUCGCAUUCUUAAGGAUGAGCACUUACCUUCUUGUGCCUUGAGCACAGAUGAACUUGUACAGAUAUCUGGGGAAGCUGCAGUUGUGAAAAAGGCUCUGCAUCAAAUUGCUUCUCGCCUCCAUGAGAAUCCUUCACGAUCUCAGCACUUGCUUGCGUCUGCAAUGUCAAAUGCAUACCCUGCUGGUGGUGCACUGCUUGGUCCAGCUGCUGGUGCCCAGAUAGUAGGAAUAGCUCCAUUGGUGGGUCCUUAUGGAGGAUACAAAGCCCUUUUGUUCCCUUCUGUAUCCAUUUCUUAUUUUAGUUAG